AACGGUUAAAGGGAGUCGCGACGCAGAAGGCCGCGGAAGAAGCUCUAUGUGUUCGUUGCAAAAUGGCCACGUCCGACUCUAAAGCGCCUCUGCGAACGGUGAAAAGGGUCCAAUUUGGCAUACUUUCUCCCGAUGAGAUACGUCGGAUGUCAGUCACGGAUGGCGGCAUUCGCUUUCCAGAAACUAUGGAGGGUGGUCGCCCGAAGCUUGGUGGACUUAUGGACCCAAGGCAGGGUGUCAUCGAUAGAAAUUCAAGAUGUCAGACAUGCGCCGGUAACAUGACAGAAUGUCCAGGGCAUUUUGGUCACAUAGAUUUGGCUAAACCAGUUUUUCAUGUUGGUUUUAUAACAAAAUCAAUCAAAAUUCUGAGAUGCGUAUGUUUUUAUUGCUCAAAGCUGCUUGUUAGUCCACACAAUCCAAAAAUAAAAGAAAUUGUAAUGAAAACUAAAGGACAGUCGCGUAAACGUCUCACGUUCGUUUACGAUUUAUGUAAAAGUAAAAAUAUUUGCGAGGGUGGAGACGAAAUGGAUAUUAACAAAGAGAAUCCAGAGCAACAACCUCCGGAUAGAAAACCGGGGCAUGGCGGUUGUGGCAGGUAUCAACCUAAUCUUCGAAGAUCGGGUCUGGAUGUUACCGCAGAAUGGAAACACGUGAACGAAGAUUCGCAAGAGAAAAAAAUAGCGCUUACCGCUGAAAGAGCAUGGGAAAUUUUAAAACAUAUUACGGACGAGGAAUCGUUUAUUCUUGGUAUGGACCCAAAGUUUGCUCGACCGGAUUGGAUGGUUGUAACGGUGUUACCUGUUCCACCUUUAUCGGUUAGACCGGCAGUCAUUAUGUACGGUUCCGCGAAAAAUCAAGACGAUUUGACACAUAAACUCGCGGAUAUUAUAAAAUCGAACAACGAAUUGAUCAGAAACGAGCAGGCUGGAGCGGCAGCACACGUUAUAUCCGAGAACAUAAAGAUGUUGCAAUUUCAUGUAGCGACGUUGGUCGAUAACGAUAUGCCGGGAAUGCCAAGAGCAAUGCAAAAGUCAGGUAAACCGUUGAAGGCUAUAAAAGCAAGACUGAAGGGAAAAGAAGGCAGAAUAAGAGGAAAUUUGAUGGGUAAACGUGUUGAUUUUUCUGCUCGUACUGUCAUCACGCCAGACCCGAAUUUGCGGAUCGAUCAAGUAGGUGUACCUAGAAGUAUUGCUCAGAAUUUAACAUUCCCUGAAAUUGUGACGCCUUUUAAUAUCGAUAAAAUGCAAGAGCUCGUCAGACGAGGGAAUUCACAGUACCCGGGUGCCAAGUACAUCGUCAGGGAUAAUGGUGAAAGGAUUGAUUUAAGAUUUCACCCGAAACCAUCCGAUUUGCAUUUACAAUGUGGAUAUAGAGUAGAGCGUCACAUCCGUGAUGGCGAUUUAGUGAUUUUCAAUCGUCAGCCGACUCUGCACAAAAUGAGUAUGAUGGGACACAGGGUGAAAGUUCUCCCUUGGAGUACAUUCCGUAUGAAUCUUAGUUGUACGUCGCCUUAUAACGCCGAUUUCGACGGCGACGAAAUGAAUUUGCACGUUCCGCAAUCGAUGGAAACGCGCGCAGAAGUGGAAAACAUUCACGUAACGCCGCGUCAGAUUAUCACGCCGCAAGCCAACAAACCCGUUAUGGGUAUUGUACAGGACACGCUUACCGCUGUGAGAAAAAUGACGAAAAGGGACGUGUUUAUAGAAAAGGAACAAAUGAUGAACAUUCUGAUGUUCUUGCCCAGCUGGGAUGGUAAAAUGCCUCAACCGUGUAUAUUGAAACCAAAGCCAUUAUGGACCGGUAAACAAAUUUUCUCACUGAUCAUACCGGGUAAUGUGAACAUGAUCAGAACCCAUAGCACGCAUCCGGACGAGGAAGACGAUGGUCCGUACAAGUGGAUAUCACCUGGUGAUACCAAAGUAAUGGUAGAACACGGAGAACUCGUGAUGGGUAUACUUUGCAAGAAGACUUUGGGUACAUCGGCAGGUUCUUUGCUUCACAUUUGUAUGUUGGAGUUAGGUCACGAGGUUUGCGGACGGUUUUACGGGAAUAUUCAGACUGUGAUUAAUAACUGGUUGCUGCUAGAAGGUCAUUCCAUCGGUAUCGGCGACACUAUCGCCGAUCCGCAGACUUAUUUAGAAAUUCAGAAAGCGAUCAAAAAAGCCAAAGAGGAUGUAAUAGAGGUGAUACAGAAAGCUCACAAUAUGGAGCUGGAACCUACGCCCGGUAACACUUUGAGGCAGACUUUCGAGAAUCAGGUGAACAGAAUCUUGAACGACGCUCGUGACAAGACUGGUGGCUCCGCGAAGAAAUCUUUGACCGAAUACAACAAUCUGAAAGCUAUGGUGGUGUCAGGAUCGAAGGGAUCCAAUAUUAACAUUUCUCAGGUUAUUGCUUGCGUGGGUCAGCAAAACGUUGAAGGUAAACGUAUUCCGUUCGGGUUCCGUAAAAGAACAUUACCGCAUUUCAUCAAGGACGAUUACGGUCCCGAGUCCAGAGGAUUCGUCGAGAAUUCGUAUCUGGCCGGUCUGACUCCAUCAGAGUUUUAUUUCCACGCUAUGGGAGGUCGUGAGGGUCUUAUCGAUACUGCUGUAAAAACUGCAGAGACUGGAUACAUUCAGCGUCGUUUGAUAAAGGCUAUGGAGUCUGUAAUGGUGCAUUAUGACGGAACGGUUAGGAAUUCCGUGGGACAGCUGAUUCAGUUGCGUUACGGCGAGGACGGUUUAUGCGGCGAAACUGUAGAGUUCCAAAACUUACCCACUAUCAAGCUGAGCAACAAAGCGUUCGAGAAGAAGUUCAAGUUCGAUCCGACGAACGAACGCUACCUUCGUCGCAUUUUUAACGAAGAGAUUGUCAGAGAAAUGAUGGGAUCCGGCGAAGUGAUCUCCGAACUGGAAAGGGAAUGGGAACAAUUGAACAAGGAUCGUGGAGUGCUCAGAGAGAUAUUCCCAAGCGGAGAAUCGAAAGUUGUAUUGCCGUGCAAUCUGCAACGGAUGAUUUGGAACGUGCAGAAGAUAUUCCACAUAAAUAAAAGGGCACCUACCGAUCUUAGUCCAAUGAGAGUUAUACAAGGUGUGAAGGAUCUCCUAGAGAAAUGUAUCAUCGUGGCUGGUGACGACAGACUCAGUAAACAGGCGAACGAAAACGCCACUCUGUUAUUCCAAUGCUUAGUUAGAUCUACUUUAUGUACAAAGUGUGUUUCCGAAGAGUUUAGAUUGUCCAGCGAAGCUUUCGAAUGGCUUAUCGGGGAAAUUGAAACAAGAUUUCAGCAAGCACAAGUAUCGCCUGGCGAGAUGGUAGGCGCUUUGGCUGCUCAGUCACUCGGUGAACCUGCCACUCAGAUGACAUUGAACACUUUCCACUUUGCCGGUGUAUCGUCGAAGAACGUAACUCUGGGUGUACCCAGGCUGAAGGAAAUUAUAAACAUCAGUAAGAAACCAAAGGCUCCUUCGUUGACGGUGUUCCUGACAGGAGCUGCGGCGAGGGACGCAGAAAAGGCAAAGAAUGUGCUUUGUCGGCUGGAGCACACGACGCUGAGAAAGGUCACGGCAAAUACCGCAAUUUACUACGAUCCAGAUCCGCAGAAUACCGUAAUUGCCGAAGAUCAAGAAUUCGUUAAUGUUUACUACGAGAUGCCCGAUUUCGAUCCGACCAAAAUAUCGCCGUGGUUGCUCCGUAUCGAGUUAGACCGGAAACGAAUGACCGACAAAAAGUUAACUAUGGAACAAAUCGCGGAAAAGAUCAAUGCCGGUUUUGGGGACGAUUUGAAUUGCAUUUUCAACGACGAUAACGCCGAAAAAUUAGUGUUACGAAUUAGGAUAAUGAACAGCGACGACAACAAAUUCCAAGACACCGUAGAAGAGACUGUAGACAAAAUGGAAGACGAUAUGUUUCUGCGAUGUAUCGAGGCGAAUAUGCUGAGCGAUAUGACGUUACAAGGCAUCGAAGCCAUUGGAAAAGUGUACAUGCAUUUACCACAAACUGAUUCUAAGAAACGCAUCGUUAUCACGGAAACCGGUGAAUUUAAAGCGAUAGCGGAAUGGUUACUAGAAACUGAUGGAACAAGUUUAAUGAAAGUAUUGAGCGAAAGAGACGUGGACCCUGUUAGGACGUUCAGUAACGACAUUUGUGAAAUAUUCCAAGUGUUGGGUAUAGAGGCUGUGAGAAAAUCAGUAGAGAAAGAAAUGAACGCUGUAUUGCAAUUCUAUGGUCUUUACGUAAACUACCGUCAUCUUGCUCUGCUUUGUGACGUUAUGACCGCCAAAGGACACUUGAUGGCUAUAACUCGUCACGGAAUUAACAGACAGGAUACUGGCGCUCUUAUGAGAUGUUCUUUCGAAGAAACGGUGGACGUUUUAUUGGACGCAGCAUCUCACGCAGAAGUUGAUCCUAUGAGGGGAGUGUCUGAAAAUAUUAUUAUGGGGCAACUUCCACGCAUAGGAACAGGGUGCUUUGAUUUAUUACUGGACGCCGAGAAAUGCAAAGCUGGUAUCGAAAUACCGAUGGCAGUAGGAGCUGGUGUAAUGGGUACCGCUGGAAUGUUCUUCGGUAGCGUUGCCACACCAAGUAUGAGUCCUCAAAUGACACCUUGGAUGGGUGCUACUCCUGGCUAUGGCGCUUCAAGCAUGUCACCUGCACUGGGUAGCGGUAUGACACCAGGAGGUGCAUGUUUCUCGCCAUCGGGAGCAUCGGAUGCUUCUGGACUUUCACCCGCGUAUUCUGCAUAUUCACCUCAACCGGGAAGUCCAGGAAGUCCAGGACCCAGCAUGAGUCCGUACCCCAUGUCGCCAGCGGGCGGUGCUUCGCCCAGCUAUUCGCCUACGUCGCCCGCCUACUUACCAACAUCGCCGAGUAUGACACCAUCGAGUCCCAACUACUCGCCUACGAGUCCAACGUACUCGCCCACCAGUCCAAACUAUUCGCCAACGAGUCCUUCGUAUUCGCCAACAUCGCCCAGCUACUCGCCAACCUCGCCGAGCUAUUCACCAACGAGUCCUUCGUAUUCACCGACGUCGCCAAGUUACUCGCCGACGAGUCCCAGUUACUCGCCAACCUCGCCCAGUUACUCGCCAACCUCGCCCAGCUAUUCACCAACGAGUCCUUCGUAUUCGCCAACGUCGCCCAGCUAUUCGCCAACCUCGCCCAGUUACUCGCCAACCUCGCCUAGCUAUUCGCCAACGAGUCCUUCGUAUUCACCAACAUCACCAAGCUACUCACCGACGAGUCCCAGUUAUUCGCCAACGAGCCCAAGCUAUUCUCCGAGCUCGCCGAAUUACACACCAGCCUCUCCAUCGUACUCCCCCACGAGUCCCAGUUAUUCGCCUAGUUCGCCACAAUAUUCGCCCGCUAGUCCCAGUUACUCGCCGAGCAGCCCAAAAUAUUCUCCGACGAGUCCAAGCUACUCGCCCACGUCGCCAUCCUUCGCUGGAACCUCGCCACAGUACACACCAGCCAGUCCAACGUAUUCGCCCACGAGCCCGACCUACUCGCCAACGAGUCCAUCUUAUUCACCGAGUUCACCGCAACACACAGCAUCGGGGAGCACGAGAUACUCGCCCAGCAGUCCGAAUUACUCACCCACUAGUCCGACGUAUUCACCGACGAGUCCUCAAUACUCACCAUCGAGCACCAAGUACUCACCCACGAGUCCAACGUACACACCGACCAGUCCAAGUUAUUCACCAACGAGUCCAACGUAUUCUCCGCCUGUGCCUGGAUACUCGCCGACGAGUCCUACUUACUCGCCGGCGUCGCCAGCCUACGAAACAGACGAUUAACAAGUAUUACGCAUAUCUCUAUGGAUCUU